CGUAAGAAGUCAUCCACGAAAAUUAUUUUUAUGUUUUUGCACUUUGUGCCGGCAUCCUCACGCAGUAGCGUACCAUAGACAUAGCUUAGAGCAGAAUACUAUUGAUCAACUGAUACAGAACUGAAGCCACAACUUAGAGAUAAGGGAAAGAGAAACUUUCAGAUCUUCGAAGAUUUUCUUUCUCUGUAUUUGGAAUGGCUGCUGCGAAAUAUCAAGCAUCCUCAUCUUCACGGUUUUCUCAUUGUAAAUAUCGAGUGUUCUUGAGUUUCAGAGGCGAAGACACUCGCAAGAAUUUUACUGAUCACCUCUACACAGCCCUUGUUCAAGCAGGGAUUCACACAUUUAGAGAUGAUGAUGAAAUUGGCAGAGGAGAGAAUAUCGAAUCGGAGCUCCAGAAGGCAAUACAACAAUCAAAAAUUGCGAUAAUCGUAUUCUCCAAAGACUAUGCUUCUUCGAGGUGGUGCCUUGAUGAAAUUGUAAUGAUCAUGGAACGCAGGAGGACCGCUGACUGCAGAGUUUUGCCGGUAUUCUAUGAUGUGGAUCCAUCCCAAGUCAGAAAGCAAACAGGGAGCUUCGCCGCAGCAUUUGUUGAGCAUGAAAAGCACUUCAAGGAGGAGAUGGAGAGGGUGAACGGGUGGAGGAUUGCUUUGAAGGAAGUGGCCGAUUUAGCUGGAAUGGUUUUAGGAGAUGGAUACGAGGCACUGCUUGUCCAAUGUAUUGUGGCGAAGGUCUCAAAGAACUUGGAUCGAAAAAUAUUUCAUGUACCCCUUCAUUUCAUUGGAAGAGAUCCUCUAGUAAAUUAUAUCAACUCAUGGUUGCAAGAUGAGUCCCAUGAUGUUGCCACUGCUAUGCUCUACGGAAUUGGUGGAGUUGGGAAGACAGCUAUAGCAAAGAGUGUUUUUAAUCAGAACUUUCGUAAAUUUGAAUGCAGGAGCUAUCUAUCAAAUGUUAGAGAAAUCUCAAAAGAAUCCAAAGGUGUAGUUUGCCUACAGAGGCAACUUCUUUCUGAUAUCCUAAACCAAACUGUUGAUGAGAUACAUGAUGUUGAUGAAGGAAUUUUAAAGAUUAAGGAUGCCUUGUGUUGCAGAAGAACUCUUAUUGUUCUUGAUGAUGUGGACAAUAGGGACCAAUUCAAUGCAAUCAUAGGCAUGCAAGAAUGGCUUUGUCAAGGAUGUAAAAUCAUUGUAACAACUAGAAAUAAGGGUCUAAUUGCAGCUCAAGAUGAGUUUGUCAAGUGCAAAGUUGAACCUCUAGACAACAAAAAAUCACUCGAGCUUUUCAGUUGGCAUGCCUUUGGACAAGCUUACCCUGUUGAAGGUUUUGUGGAGGACUCUUGGAGAAUAGUGCAUCAUUGUAAUGGACUUCCAUUAGCCCUUCGUGUUAUUGGUUCUUCAUUGUCAGGGAAAGGAAGAAAAUUAUGGGGAAGCGCAUUACAGGAAUUGGCAGUGAUUCCUAAUUGUGAAGUUCAAAAUGUUCUUGAAAUAAGUUACCACUCUCUAGAUGAUGAUUAUCAAAAAAACAUAUUCCUUGAUAUUGCUUGUUUCUUCAAUGGAAUGGAUGUGGAUUAUGCAGUUACGAUACUAGAUGGGCUUGGUAUAGGUGCAAGAUUUAGGAUUGACAAACUUAUCGAUAGAUGCCUUGUUGAAAUCAACAAUGAUAAAAGGUUGUGGAUGCAUCAGCUCGUAAGAGAUAUGGGAAGGGAAAUUGCUCGACAAGAAUCACCCAAAUGUCAAAGAACAUGGCAUCACGAGGAUGCUUUUAGAGUAUUGAAUGGAACUACCGAUGCUGAAAAAUUGUGUGGCCUUACCAUUGAUAUGCAUGCAUUAAUGGAAGAUGAUUAUGCAGAAGUUGCUUGUACCAGUUCAAUGUUUCUUCCAAAAUUAAAAAUUCUUGAUCUCCGUCACUCUCAUGAUCUCAUUAGAACCCCAGACUUCUCAGGUCUCCUAGGCCUUGAAAAGUUAAUACUCGAAGACUGCAUCCGUUUGGUUCAAAUUCACGAAUCUAUUGGUGAUUUACAAAGACUGUUGAUCUUAAAUCUAAGAAAUUGUAUAAGUCUUAUGGAGCUUCCAGAAGAAAUGUGUAGAUUGAAUUCACUUCAAGAGCUGGUUUUAGAUUGUUGCUCAAAUCUUGACAGGCUGAUGAAUAUGGUGUUAGAGCAUCAUCAGGAGCGCAGCUUGCUUCAAAGUGAUGGAAUUGUUGCAAGUACAUCAUACAUUACAUCUCUUCCAUUGAAGCUAUUGUUUCCCUCUAGGUUUUCAGCGAGGAAAAUGUUGAGAUUUACCUCGUUUUCACUGCCACGCUCCUUGGAGAGACUAGAUUUAAGUGGAACUCCAAUUCGUUUUCUUCCAGAAAGCAUCAAGGAUCUUGGUCUACUCAGAGGCAUAUAUUUAAGAAAUUGCAAAAUGCUUGAGGCACUCCCAGAGCUUCCAUCCCAUUUGAUUUUGUUAGAUGUGUCCUUUUGCAAUUCACUGCAAAGACUUGCAAAUCUAGUUGCUAACACUAAAGCAGAUGGUUGUGAUCAAUUAGUCGAGUUCCAAGAUCGGAUGAAGCAAGAAUUAAUCCAAAAGUUUGACUCACACAUGUUCAGAAUUAUGGAAACGAUAGCAUUUAUAGAUGGCACAUUCAGCGUUGUCAUAUAUGUAUUUGAUGAAGAUGAGAAGUCGAGGUGGUUUUAUGAGGAUAAAUGGCUAAUUCAAAAUGAGUUUGUAGAUAACUUUUCAUUCAAAAUAUCCUCACCUCCUCCUGCGCACCGGAUAUGUGGCUUUACUCUGUUCACAAGGUUUUGUAUGACGUCAGAGUACACUCUCUUAGAUCCUUUUUAUAUUAUAAUCAGAAACAAUACCAGUGGUCGAUACUUGCGUUGUCAAGCCUAUCUCCUCCCUGUGAGUUACAAGCAUGGUGUUCGUGAAUUCCAAUCGUUUAUGCACAGGAAAUUAGGGGGCGAUGAUCCUACAUUUGAUAAUGGUGAUGAAGUGAGUAUUUCAGUGCGUCGAAAAAAACCAGCUAUCCAAAUAAGGACGAUUGGAGUACAAUGGUUGCAUGAAGAGGAAGGAAAGGAUGAUGACAUCCAAUCAAAGGAUGAAGUUAUCAAUGCCCACAACAGUAGCGAUGAUGCAGCACACCUAUUGGAAAUUUGGGGGCAUUCGAUAAUGGUGAUGGAUUCAGUGUUUCCAGAUGGUCCAGUUGUACAAAUAAAGAGGGUUGGUGUGCGAAUGUUGCAUGAAGAGGAAGGAACUGAUGAUAAUAGCAGCUCAUCAAACAGUGAAGUUAACACAGCCUACAACAGUAGUGAUGAUGUACCUGUAGCAAAAGCAGAAAUAGCUUCUCUUAAUUUAUAA